AUGGACGAGGAAUACGAUGCGAUAGUUCUUGGGACGGGGCUGAAGGAGUGUAUUAUUUCUGGAAUGUUAUCUGUUUCUGGCAAGAAGGUUCUUCACAUUGACAGGAACAAUUACUACGGAGGAGAAUCAGCGUCACUGUCUCCCCUUGGACAACUUUACGAGAAGUUCAUGGGGCCAAAUGCGAAACCACCUCCAGAGAUGGGUCGUGGUCGCGAUUGGAAUGUAGAUUUGAUUCCAAAGUUUCUUAUGGCCAAUGGUUCCUUAGUCAAACUACUUAUACAUACUGGUGUUACUCGAUAUCUUGAAUUUAAGUCUGUUGAAGGAUCGUAUGUUUACAAGGCCGGAAAGGUAUACAAAGUACCUGCUGAUGAAUUAGAAGCGUUGUCAACUAGCCUCAUGGGGAUGUUCGAGAAACGCCGCUUCAAGAAGUUUCUUAUUUGGGUUCAGUCCUUUAGCCGGGAUGUCAAGGAUACAUGGCAAGGACUUGAUCCUGAUGUUCACACAAUGCAACAGGUGUACGAAAAGUUCGGACUUGAUGACAACACUGCUGACUUCACUGGUCAUGCUUUAGCCCUUUACCGCGAUGAUGAUUAUAAGCAGCAACCAUUUGGCCUAACAGUUGAGAGGAUUCGUCUCUAUUCCGAUUCGUUGGCACGUUAUGGGCGGUCUCCGUACCUGUAUCCAUUGUAUGGUCUCGGAGAACUACCUCAGGGUUUUGCUCGUUUGUCUGCGAUCUAUGGUGGCACCUAUAUGUUGGAUAAACCAGUGGACAAUCUGAUCAUAGAGAACGGGAAGGUUGUUGGCGUGAAAUGUGGGGAGGAAUCAGUCAGAGGAAAGCAGGUUUACUGCGAUCCAUCAUAUGCUAUGGAUAGGGUUAAAAAAGUAGGUCAAGUUGUUCGUGCUAUUUGUAUCUUAAAUCAUCCCAUUCCUGGUACCAACGAUGCUAAGUCAUGUCAAAUAAUUAUUCCACAGAAACAAGUUGGAAGACAUUUCGUUUUCUUGAAAUUUUUAGAUAUCUAUAUCUCUUGCUGUUCGAACACGAAUAUGGUUACACCCGAAGGAUGGUUUGUUGCAAUGGUGUCAACUACAGUCGAGACAAACAACCCCGAGGCUGAGAUUUUGCCGGGUCUUCAACUACUAGGCACUAUAACCGAAAAAUUCAUCUCGGUGUCGGAUAUGUAUGAACCCACCGACUUGGGCCAUGAAUCACAAAUCUUCAUAUCAAGAUCGUACGAUGCCACAACUCACUUUGAAACAACUUGCCAGGAUGUACUGGACAUUUUCCAACGUGGAACAACGCAGGAAUUCGACUUUUCGAAAAUCACCCAUCUAAGCCUUGUUGAUAACGAAUAG